AUGACCUCCAAUAUUCUGGAAAUACCCUUCCGACGGACACAGUCUGUAAAUCUCUCAGCUGCAAUCAAGAGCUACAUCGAGUCCAAGUUCGAUCAGCAAUCUGCCGCAUUCGAAGAUGAUUGUCGUGCAAUUGAGCGGCUGCGAAACGACGCAAUCCACGUCGUUGAGCCUCACACAACUGGUGUACAGCGUCUCACCGUAUAUGCGGCUCAGCUGAGAUAUAUGAGUAGCAAAUUCCCACUUGAGCUCGGCGUCGACUUCGCGUGGUGGCCAGCAAUAGGCUACCAUACCGACAAUCCAAUCACCAAGAACAACAUUCGAUUCGAACUCGCCAAUAUCUUGUUCAACCUUGCUGCUCUCUAUUCUCAGCUUGCCUUUACGAACAACCGGACGACCGAAGAUGGCCUCAAACAGGCUGCAUUGUACGAAGUUGCGGCAGCGGGCACGCUCAACUUCCUACGAACCGAUGUCAUUCCCGAUAUGCGAUCGACUCCUCCUGAAGAUAUGGACGAAGCAACGUUGCUAAGCCUGGAAAACAUCUGCUUAGCACAAGCUCAAGAGUGCUUCUGGGGCAAGGCAGUGAAAGGAGGCAUGAAAGAUGGUACAAUUGCCAGGCUGGCUGCUUGCGUCUCGGACUACUAUGCUGCUGCUGGCGACUUUGCUGUCAAGUCGGACGCUGUGAGCACGGAGUGGAUACAUCACCUGAAUGCGAAACAUCACCACUUCGCAGCCGCCGCUCAGUACCGCCAGUCGAUUGACUGCCUAGAGAAGAGAAAAUAUGGCGAGGAGGUCGCUCGACUGCGCGACAGCGUAAUCUGCGUGGACGAGGGUCUCAAAGAGAAGAGGUGGAUCAAUAGAGUUGUCGAAGGUGAUCUGAAUGGCCUGAAAUCUAGAGUCAAGGAAGAGUUGAGACGAGCCGAAAAGGACAACGAUGUCAUUUAUCUACUACCCGUGCCUCCAAAAUCCGAGCUGAAAAUCCUCGAUAGAGCCAACAUGGUCGCACCUAAACCACCCAAAGAGGUUGCAGAUGGUAUUGCUAUGCUUGGCAAGAACAGUCCCUUGGGUCAGCCACUAUUCGAAAAGCUAGUACCGUAUGCAGUGCACCAAGCUGCGACUGUUUAUGCCGAACGAAGAGAUAGAUUGGUCAACGAGUCUAUCAUUGCAGAACUCGAGGCGAUGACUACGAUAUUGCGAGAGCUGCUAGCAUCCCUCAACCUUCCUGGCUCACUGCAGGCUCUGGAGAAGCCACUUGGCCUCCCACCGUCGUUAAUGGCAAAAGCAGAAGAGCUGCGUCAACAAGAUGCUUUGUACAAGCUCAAACGCUCUGUCGAGGAUACCACAAGACUCAAGACGAACGACAUGUCAAUCUUCCAAGAUGGGUUGGGCUUGUUAGAUGCCGAAAAAGAGGAGGAUGAGAAGUGCAGAUCAAAAUAUGGUACUGAUAGAUGGUCUCGACCUCCUUCAGAACAAGCUCUUGCCAAAUGGUGGAAGCAAUCACAAGAUUUGCAGGGCUACCUGAAUAGUGCUGGUGCCUCUGACAAUCUCGUGCUGGCCAAGAUGCGAGAGAACGAACAUAUACUACGCCUGCUCACAGGACCUGACCGUGACCUCGAACGCUUUGUGCCAAGCAGCAAGAAUCUACAACUAACGCCAGCUGGCGAGAAAACAUCCUCGAAACUAAGAGGCGUACUCAAUGAUGUGUCCAGAUUGGAGUCAAGACGCAAGCGGAAAAUCGAGACUAUCAGAACGAAAGCUAAAUCAGAUGACAUCGGUCCUGCACUGCAUGCUGAGGCAGCACGUCUAGAGCGAGAAUACCCCAUGCAACCAGUAUCAGCAGCACAAUUCGAACACCUCUUUGAAGAGCGGCUAGAAAUAUACGAGCCAGACCGUGAAUCCUUGACAUCCGAACAAGAAGACCAGAACCAGCUAACAGCACGCCUCCGCGAAGCAAACACAGCAUUCAUCCACGCACGUCGCGGAGAAACAGAACAAGUCACCAAAGACCGAGAAGAAGCCCUCCAAAAACUAGAGCUAGCAUACGUCAAAUACAAAGAAAUCGUACAGAACCUCGAAAACGGCCGCAAAUUCUACAACGACCUCGCCGGCCAUGUAACAAGAUUCCGCGAAGGUGUUCGUACAGCUGUUGCCCAACGAAGACAAGAAGCCAGCGAACUCGAGGCCGAAAUCGGAGUUGGUGGGAUGCAUCUACAGGAACGAAAGGAGCUGAGAAGUCAGAAGAAAAAGGAGCAGCAGGAGUCUCAUCAUCAGAAACAGGCUCGGACGAGUACAGUGGGUGUAGUGGGAACUACGAACGUUGGAACACCGGAUGCAUUACCUGCGCCGACACCGAUAUCAGCGAGAGCAGGAGGGAAUGUGCAUUCACCGCCUACGCCGGCCGUCAUUGCGAAUGCGCAGGUACAAACGCCUAUUCCUGGUUUGAAUGUGCCGAAUGGUGGUGGUGGUAGUAUGGCGCAGCAAAGACCUCGGAAUCAGGCGUGGACGCCGGAUAUGGGUAUUAAAUUUGGGUGA